UGCUGGACGUGACAGGGCAACAUGGACCCAGCAAAAGUGACAGAAUUAAAGGGCUUCGUGAACAUGUGCGAGUCCAGUCCCGAGAUCCUGCACCUUCCAGAGAUGGGCUUCUUCCGGACCUGGCUGCAGGGCAUGGGUGCAACUAUUCCUCCACCACCACCCAAGAAAAAAGAGUCGUGCCAGGGUGGCUGUCCCUGCGGUCCUCCUCCUACAUCAGCUCCACCUCCCGAACCAGAGCCUCCCGUACUCUCCGAGAGCGAGGAGAGUGAUAUAGAAAUUGACACAGAGGGAGUGAUCGAACCUGACGCCGAUGAACCGCAGGAGAUGGGAGAGUAUGAAAACAUUGAGGUCACAGAGGAGAUGAUGGACCAGGCCAGUGAGAAGAAGAUGGCGGCUAUUGACGCUCUGGGAGAAGGAGAUCUGCAGAAAGCUCUGGAUCUUUUUACUGAAGCCAUCAAGCUGAACCCCUGCGUAGCCAUCAUGUACGCCAAGAGGGCGAGCGUCUUUAUCCAGAUGAAGAAACCCAACGCAGCCAUAAGAGACUGCGACAGAGCCAUCAGCAUCAACCCAGACUCUGCACAGCCGUACAAGUGGAGGGGAAAAGCUCACAGGCUGCUGGGACACUGGGAGGAGGCAGCCAGGGAUCUGGCCACAGCCUGCAAACUGGACUAUGACGAGGACGCCAGUGCGUUACUGAAGGAGGUUCAGCCUAAGGCCAACAAAAUCAUGGAGCACAGACGCAAAUACGAGCGCAAGAGAGAAGAGAAGGCAGUGAGGGAGAAACAAGACCGGAUAAAGAAAGCCAGAGAGGAGCAUGCGCGGGCUCAGAGGGAGGAGGAAGCUCGGCAGUUUGGAGGAGGAUUCUUCCCAGGACCCGCUGGAUUCCCAGGCGGAGCCCCUCCUGGCAUACCUGGUCGUGACCUCCUGAAGGAUCCAGAGGUGCUCAACGCAUUGAAGGACCCCGAGGUGAUGGUUGCCUUCCAAGAUGUGGCACAAAACCCGGCCAACAUCGCCAAGUACCAGAACAACCCCAAAAUCAUGGCCCUGGUCACCAAGCUGAGUACCAAAUUUGGAGCUUCACCACAGCCGUAGAGAGGAGAGGACCAAAGACGAGCGGAGAGUGGAUACGUGGUGAAACAAUCUGGAGAGCCACAACGCUUUUCAACAAUUAUUCCACUGUGUGCAGAUCAAACGGGGAGCGGGUUAUUUGGUGUCGUGUAGAGAACGUGGGGCAACUUUUUAAAUGUACUUAGAACUUAGCAGCGUCCCGACUAAGCCACCCGAUGGUUAGGAGUCAGGCGUGACAACUUCGCCUGACUCGUCUCAGCUGGGACUUUACUAAACCGCAGGUUGACAUUUCUUAACCUGUAUCUGGAAAAGCUAAACUGGGAGCUCCUGCAUUAAGACGCCAGCGCAAAAAUAUUUUUACAGCCAUUUAAUACGUGGUGUGAUGGUUUAGCUUCCGGUCUUUUCUUUCUCCGAACAGAGCCGAACUCUCACUCACAACUGUCAGCGCUUUUUGUUAUCAGAUCGGUUAUUAAAAAUGCAAAAAAAGAAAUCACUGAUCUUGAUGUCUGACCCUGUUGAAAAAAAAAUCACAAUAAUAAA